UGUCCCAGGCGGCUUUGUCUCAAGCCAGUCUUCCCCAAGCUGGCCAGUCCCAGUCUCCUAUGUCCCCGCCUGCAAUGUCCCAGGCCUCUGUGUUCCAACCGUCCAUGCUGUCUCCCGAGGCGUCUCCUCAGGCGUCUCCUCAUCACUCCCCUGGCUCACAGCGCACCUAUGAGACCGGUUUCCUGCCCGCCGGCUGGGAGGUGCGCAGUGCGCCCAACGGAAGGCCCUUCUUCAUCGACCACAUCACAAAGACCACCACAUGGGUGAGGCCUCCAGAUGGUUACCUGAAGAGCAAUGUGGAAGACCCUCGGCUGAAAAUCCCUGUGCACAUAAGGAAACAGUCCUCAAUUGAUCCUGGUGACCUGGGACCAUUACCUCCUGGCUGGGAGGAGAGAGUCCACAGCGACGGGCGGAUAUUCUACAUAGAUCACAACACCAAGACCACCCAAUGGGAAGAUCCCAGAUUACAGAACUCGGCCAUUACAGGACCAGCAGUGCCUUACUCCAGAGAUUACAAGCAGAAGUAUGAUUAUUUCCGGAAAAAGUUGAAGAAACCGGCGGACAUCCCCAACCGCUUUGAGAUGAAGCUGCGCAGGAAUGCGGUGCUGGAGGACUCCUACAGGCGCAUCCUGUCCGUCAAGCGGUCUGAUGUGCUCAAGGCCCGCCUCUGGGUCGAGUUUGAGGGAGAGAAAGGCCUGGACUAUGGAGGCGUGGCCAGGGAGUGGUUCUUCCUGAUCUCCAAGGAGAUGUUCAACCCCUAUUAUGGGCUGUUUGAGUACUCUGCCACGGAUAACUACACACUGCAGAUCAACCCCAACUCAGGCCUGUGUAAUGAGGACCACUUGUCCUACUUCAAGUUCAUAGGCCGUGUGGCUGGCAUGGCGGUCUACCAUGGCAAACUGCUGGAUGCCUUCUUCAUCCGCCCAUUCUACAAGAUGAUGUUGCAGAAGUCCAUCACACUGCAGGAUAUGGAGUCUGUGGACAAUGAGUACUUUAACUCACUGAAGUGGAUUCUGGAAAACGACCCCACAGACCUGGACCUGAGGUUCACCAUCGAUGAGGAUCUCUUCGGUCAGACUCGCCAGCACGCACUAACACCAGGGGGGGAAGACAUCAUCGUGACGGACAGGAACAAGAAGGAGUACAUACAUCUGGUGAUGCAGUGGAGGUUUGUCAAUCGGAUCCUGAAGCAGAUGACUGCUUUCAAAGAGGGCUUUUAUGAACUCAUACCACAGGACCUGAUCAAGAUAUUUGAUGAGAAUGAGUUGGAGCUGCUGAUGUGCGGUCUGGGAGAUGUGGACGUGAACGACUGGAGAGAGAACACCAAGUACAAGAAUGGCUACAGCCACAACCACCCGGUCAUCCUUUGGUUCUGGAAGGCGGUGCUCCUGAUGGACGCGGAGAAGCGCAUCCGCCUGCUGCAGUUUGUGACGGGCACCUCCAGAGUGCCCAUGAAUGGAUUCGCAGAGCUCUACGGUUCCAAUGGGCCACAGUUGUUCACCAUUGAACUGUGGAGCACACCAGAGAAACUCCCCAGAGCUCACACAUGCUUCAACCGCUUGGACCUGCCGCCCUAUGUGUCGUUUGAGGAGCUGAGGGAGAAGCUGCACAUUGCGAUAGAGAACACGCAGGGCUUCGAUGGCGUGGACUAACGCUCCAGCUCCUGUGCCUGCCUCCGUUUGGGAGGUUGCAAGUGUCUGUGUGUGUGUGUGGGGGGGGGGGCGGCUCUAGCGGGAGUGUAGGCUGCUGGAGCUCACAGAUGGGUGGGUUGGGGCGCGUGCAGAUGGGUCCCCCACCACGCUGAGACUCCUGAGGGGCCCUCGGCACCUUGCUCCACCCUUCCGCCCUGCUGUUCAGUCGUUUGGAGAGGGCAGAGAGGAGAGUGUUCCACUAUCUUAAGUCUCUAUAUCAACGCUCACUUCAGAGGUUUACAGAAAUCAAUGUUUUUAAUGCCAUGUACAUAUAUCUGUAUACAAAAUACAUGUUUGCUUUUUUGAAACAUCUGUGGAAGCUUUUAAACUAUGCCUUGCAGCGAGCAGAUGCAGAAGUUAUCACAAUCUCUAUAUGUAUAAAUGUAUACAUAAUCUCGGGAAGGCCACACUUUGACAAGUGGGUGCACUAGCUUAGAUAAACAACCGCCUUUCUUAGAUCAUCAGGUUUUCUAGUAGUACCAUAAUUAACCAUUCAGUAAGGUUUGAUAUAAGCAUAUUGUCUACACAUGUACAAUCUCAGUUAAUAUCAAAAGAUCUGAUAGUAUCAACGUUCUCUUUUUUUUUCUAGUACUUUACUCUGUGUUGGUUCCAAUGCUAGGACCAGACCUAAACUUGAAAACUACUUUGUUAGAAGCUGUCAGUUCCUCUUAAAGGGUAAACGUUCAGAUGCCGACGUUCAGAUUGGUAAACGUUCAGAUUGGUUUAGUGAACUCAGCUGAUGCCGUAAUGCUGGUGGCUGUAUUCUCUGCACAAAGUAUUGUGGUUUGUGCCAUCGUGACUUUCUACUUCACAGCAUCCCUAUUGAACCAGGGCUGCGGUCGGAUACUGUAUUUUCCCGACUAUUAACUGCGCCGUGUAUAAACCGCAUUACUGUAUUUUAUGUAAUUUUACAAAACAAACUCAACGUGAUUUGAUAUUUAUUUAUCCCAUUUAUUAAGUGUAUUUAGCGUUAUGUUGUCGUGUGUGAAUGUUUGCAACAAGCCGUUUAACAUCAUCCACAAGUGGUUGUGAUCACUUUAAAUCCAAGACUGCCCUUUAUUGGUGAGCUUGAGAAAUUAGACUAUGUUUCAGGCUAUGCCGCAAGCAACGUUUUUUGGUUGCUAUGCAAGAACAACUUUGAAAUAACUGUACAGGGUUUGAAUGGCAGUUUCAUUUGCAUGAAAUGAUAGCUAGGUAUCUAGAUGAUGUUACCAUCUCCUCAAUUUAACUUUUACACCACUGUCUUAAAAACAAAUCACAAGCUGAGCCCCCCCUCAUGGACAGUAGUACAUGUGCGUUUGUUGACAAACUGAAAGAUACAGAACCGGCCAAGACAACGUUUGAAGCCAAAGAACCAUGUCGACUGACAGUUUAGAGUAAUAUUACAGGAUUUUUACACAAAUAUAACUGCAUAGUUGUACUUAUUGUGACAUCAGAGAUUAGCACUAACAUAACAAACAAAAUAACAAAAAAGAAUGUAAAAAGUUUUAGUUUUGCUGAAAUACUGCUUAUGUUUUCUGUCUAUAUACAUUGUUUGCUAGCGUUUGAAAGUGAAGUAUGUGUGAUUGCAUAAAAUGUUGUUUCUGACAUGACAGGCACAUGUUGCACAUAGCUGAGAAGUUUGCAAGGUUGCAAACUUCCAAGGCAUUUGGUGUGAGAUGGACAAAGACUGACCACAUUUUUUGGCAUGAGAUUAAUGCAUUUAUUUGCAUACGAGACUGAGGUAGAUGACUUGGCAUCCGGAAAAACCACAAAUGUCGGGAUGAAACAGAUGUCGUUUUCCCGUUAGUCGUGAGACAGAUCUCCACAGCUAACAUCAGGGCGGUAUAAACAGUUUGCAACCCUGCAUUAGUUGCUCUAACGGUGUAUGAGGUUUGAAUGUUUACAAUCAUUGCAUAGCAAGCCAGCUAGUAAGUUAGUACUGGUCCAACAGCAAGAAGGAGAGAUCAGUAUCUGUCUUGCAUCCUUUUAUCUCUUUUAACUCUCGCCAACGAGUGAAAGCCAGUCCGAAAUGUACUCUUGUCCAGUCUUUUGCUCGGUCACUCUCUCUCUCUCUUUCUUUUCCUCGCUUCCUCUGACAUGUCGUCUUCGUUCUCUCAGCCCAUACUGGGAACACUGAGCUAGCCGAAUGCUCUGACCCAAAGUUGUUGGUGUGACUUGAUGCUGUAAUACAGUCAGAUAAUACAUUUGGGUGGGAAUAAACAACACCUGUUACUUUAUCAUAAUGGAAGACUGUGAGAAUGAAAAUGUGUUAUCUAUCCCAUGAUGUUUUUACUUGAUACAUUAGAUGGAUUUGUAUGGGAAAGAGGGAGAAAGAGAGAGGGAGAGGCCCAUUCACACUUAAACCUAGCAGAGUUAAUGUGCACGUUGCUAACUUCCCUUGCGAGAAAAAAAAAUGCAUUCCCAUGUAUAGACUGCACCCGAUUAUGUCCUGCAGGGCUGCAGACCUUUAACAGAAUCAAUGUAUAAACCGUGGUUAAUAGUCGGGAAAUUACGAUAGUCUUUUUGGAUAGUCUCCUAACUCAGUGAAAUGACCCAAAAAUAUCUCAGUGGCAUCCAUGAUGCUGGUCGAUUUCACUAAAUGCUAAGGAAAGGUGCUUAAAUGCUUCCUUUCUUAUCUCCUUUAGCAUAGAGUUCACUGGACCAUCCUUCACCAAAGGAAAGGAGAUAAUGCCGUCUCACAAUUCCUUGCGGCAGUAACAUUUAGACCCAUAAGACCCACGUCUUCGCGUAAUUAUGUAGGCUAAAGUGUAAGGGCAGUUGAUUCUCUUAACACCGCGGUUGUAUUUUCCUAAGUCCUUAUGAGUUUUCCUUCACAUCUUUCCUUGACCUCAUGAUGUUUUCCAUCGAGGUCAAGGUAAAGUGGUUAGGGAAGGACUUUCGACUGCAGCCCUUGUUUGUAUGACCUGUAAAAAAAAAAAAAAUCACACGUUUACACUCUGCUGUCUGUUUACAGAUGACUGACAAUGUGCUUGACGACUUUCACUUUUAAUCUACUUUUAUACUCUUUUGGUUUGUUUGUUUUGGUUUUGCUGUUUUGGAAUUUCAGGCACUUUUUAAAAAACAAAUGACAAAAAACAACUUUUUAAGUCUUAUGUGAUCUUUGCCAAUCAGCUCUUUUAAAUUGCUGUUAAGUAUCUUGGCUUGACCUGUACAUUUGACAAGAGUUAAUGUUUACAUGUAAACAUUGCUGAUAUUAAGCACAUUCUUUCCCUCACCUGUAAUUUACCUUGACUGUUAAAUUACAAUGCCUUUAAUUGUAAGAUAAGCUUUUAUCGAAGUUGAAUUGUAAUAAAGUAUAUUCUUAUCCUUUGAAGGAAA